CUCCUAUGCGCCUCCUCCCCGACCUCCCUCGCGCGUCGUCCGGCGUCCGGCAACGUCGCCGCCGAUUCCCAGGAGCUCAGCGCGCCACGGGAUCUCCACCGGCCAGAUCCGGUGCCUUCCUCCCGGAUCCGCGCGCCAUCCACCUCCUCUAUCCGAUUCGGCGCCACCCAACCCGCCAUGACCUCCACGAUGGCGCCCGCCGAGAUCCUAUGCCGGCCAUUGCUCCAAAACUUGGUUAUGAAACUUCAGAUAAGGCUAGAUGUGCCAGAAGCGACGAGACUCUGGCCGUGCCACAUGUUCGUGGUGGCUUGCAUGCAGCGGUACAAAUUCAGAGUUCCUGUUGGAGACAUUGUUUGAGAAGCUCUACCUCUCUAAACCACUACUUUGCGCAUGAACUUGAGCAAGGGGGAUAUAUAUCGGUUGUUAAGUUUUGCCCCACAAGAGAGGAGCUGGGCGCUGCAUCUGGCUGGAAAUUGGUGUCAAGUCCCAUAUGCAAAGAUGGAGCAACCUCGAUGAAUAGUGCAGCAGCCCGAGCAAUCAAGUUCAUGGGAAAUCGGCGGCACAAGAUGCUUGUUGAUUACAACUAUGAGCAGCUGAAGCAAGGGCAAAGAAAAAAUAUAAGCCUCAGACUUGGUACCCAGAAAAAGAACGAGAUUAAGGAGCAAAAGAAGGCACAUAUCAACAUAACUUGGAGUUCCGACCCAUCGACUGCAUCGCCACUGUGGUGGCCAUGGUUACAGCUGCGGCAAACGUGAUCAAGUUGAUUGGUGUCUCUUAUGGGUGAAACCAACACAAGUCCGCUGUUGGGUCGUUUGGGCCACUCAUUACGUUACCUGCUCGAGGCUUGCAAGUCUCGUAAAACUUCUACAAUAAUGUUUCUUGAUCAUGCAACUAUAUAUGCUACUACCAACUACUACUGCUUACAUUUGGACUACUAUCGAUUAUGUAUGCCACUAUCCACAUCAGGAAACUACGUACUAUUAAUCAAAAUUUGUAUCCAAUUUGUUUUCC